CGGGUUACCGAACCGGAUACCCGCCCCUAAGAGAGACCAUACCAACAGCAUGGCGCCCACAACCGCAAAAUCAGCGCUAACGAACCAAUAAAACACUUCCACCGGGGGGAAAAAAAUCAAAAUCAACGCGAGAAAAAGGGCAAUACACAACUGGGGAAUCUCAUCUCCGCCCGCGCUCGUUCCCGCCGUCGCCAUCGGAAAUCGGCCAUGGCAUCUUCCUCCGCCGGUGCUACUCCUUCACCGGCCGAUACUGCUCCUUCCGCUAGCAGUCGUUUCAAUUUCUCGCCCGAUCCGCCGCCUCUACCUACUCUCACUCCCGAGCAGCGCAGCUACUGCUCCGAGGCGCUCCAAAUUCUCAGAGAGAAGCUCCGAACUCCGCAGCGGAUCGCUCAAGAGUUCUCUCAUUUGCAGGCAAAUAGGAUGACGGCAUCCCAAGUGGCCAGAAGCUGCAAGGUGGCUCUUAACAAUGCCAACUCGGAGAAGAAUCGUUAUAUGGAUGUCAUACCAUUUGACCAAAACCGGGUUGUUCUUGAUGCUUGCAAAGACUAUAGGCCAGAAGCCAAGGGAUACGUCAAUGCAAGCUUCAUAGAGGCAGCCCCUUCCGAAACUGUUUCACGAUUUAUAGCCACUCAGGGACCACUAUCACACACUUAUGAGGACUUCUGGGCAAUGGUGAUUCAGUACAAUUGCCCUGCUAUUGUCAUGUUGACUCGCUUGGUGGACAACUACAAGACUGCUAAAUGUGGAGAUUACUUUCAAGCAGAAGAUGGUCCUAGAGACAUUGGAAAUGUUUCCAUCACGUCGAGGUGGACUUCGAAUACUGCAACCUCAUUAGUGUUGCGAAACUUAGAAGUUGGUGAUAAAGUGGUAAGUUCUUUUCCCGGAUAUAUUAUGUUUUAAAUUCUCUGCAUUGCAUGCAUGGUUCAAUGAAUAACCAGGUUUUCCAGUUCUGCAAGUACUUCUUUUCUGUAAGGUAACUCGGUCUGUUGAGGAAAGUAUAGAAGUUUGGUUCAUGUGUAUUUUCAUCUUCACAAACAGGUUCUUGCAAAGUGUGGUGUCUUUUUCUUUUUUGGCGUUAUAUUGCUAAGCACUUGGCAGUUUGCUUCAGACCAGUUCUGCCCUUGGAGAUGGUUUUAGCCUUUUACAUCAAAAUAUAAUUUAGUUUUAGUCAUUGAUGAACUGUAGUGUUAUGGCACUUGAGUGGUGGUUUUGCGGAUAAGCUGAGAAAAGAUGGUUUUUCGAGAAAUGAGUGAUUAGUUGACCAGGCAAGUUUAGCAGGUGAGUUAAGCAUAAUGGAUAACUGUGCGACUAACAAGACAGAGUGGCGACCUUUUAGGUCUCAGCUUUUAAGUAGCAAGUUAGGGGCUCAAUUUACAUUCCAUGGUUUGUGGGUGCUUUCUCGUUCCAUAGAUGUGUUCCUUAACUUAUUAUAGAGGGAAAGGGCCUCAGUUAUCUAACAUGACUAUCUAUCUAAUUGGUAGUCAGAGGAACCACCCAUGUCAGUUUUGCACAUUCAGUAUCCUGAAUGGCCUGACCAUGGAGUUCCCAAUGAUACAACUGCAGUGCGUGAAAUUUUCAGAAGAUUAUACCACGUGCCUCCUCAACUUGGCCCAAUAGUUGUUCACUGCAGUGCGGGUAUUGGUAGAACAGGCACAUACUGCACAAUCCACAAUACAAUCCAGAGAAUCAUUGCUGGAGACAAGUCUGCCACCUAUCUUGCUAAUACUGUAUCAGUGUUUAGGUCCCAACGCAUUGGGAUGGUUCAAACCAUGGAGCAAUAUAUCUUCUGCUACGAAGCUAUCAUCGACGAACUGGAAAGCCUCACCUCAGAAUUGGAACCCUCUAGAUAGAACUCCGUCGUGUUGGAAGUUCCUUAAGCUUCUCUGCAACUGUGCCGAAUUAUCUUUUACACCAAGACCAAAGGCGUAACACAAACUAACGUGAUCCUGCGCAGCCGUCUGUUAACACCUUAAGACGACCAGUCACCUUCACAUUAUCGAUCUGUUUGCUCUAGCUACAACCUCGAAACAGGACAGGUUGUCCAGGGACGUGUGGAAAAUGAAGAUACACCGUUCAUUCAAACUGCUCUUUCCUUCGGUCAUUGUUGUGCAGAAUCUGUUUGAUGACGACUUUUGGCAAUUGCCUAGAAGCUGCCUGCCUGGUGCCUGCUAGCUACCCUUUGACCCUAUUGUUUUCUUGGCUAUUCAAAAUUUUUUUUUUUUCAGUCUAAGAUGGUUGGUUGCUUCCGGUCAAACAAUCAAUUUGGUGAUGUUCUCCAGAUAGAUAAUUUACUCGACUCUUUAUAUUUGACUCAAAGCCGAGUCUCAAGUCAACUCAACCGACUUUGAAUGUUCCACUCCACAAUCCAC